AUGGCGCGCGAGCGCGCGACGACGAUGGAGACGCCGGUGAUGCGCGCGCGCGCGAUGCGCGUCGGCGCGAGGACGACGAGGCGCGGGCGAGAGGCGCGGGAGGUGACGACGGCGGCGACGCGCGGCGACGACGCGGGCGACGACGACGACGCGGAGGACGAGGAGGACGGGUCGGAGGGAUUUUACGACGAAGACGAGGACGCGCGCGAUGCGGACGACGAUGACGAGGAUGAGGAUGAGGAGGAGGACGAGGAGGAGGACGUCCUCGCGGGAGGGUUCGCGAGGUCGAUGUACGACGACGACGACGCGGGGGCGGGGUUCGUCCGGGACGCGGACGAAGUCGCGUCGUUGUUUGACGACGACGACGACGACGAUUUGUUGCUCGAUUACGACGAUUACGACGACGACGAUGAUGAUGACGACGAUUUCGGGGUCAUCGAUCACAUCGCACGCGAAAAGAAGGAAUUGGGUGACGAAAACAUCAAGCGCGAGGUGCCAAAGUCGGCGUCGCGACACUUCACCGACGAGGCGGGCGCUUUGCGGGGGCGGGCGCUUUAUGUCUGUCAACUUAACUGGUGGCUGCGAGUGAAAAACAUGCAAACGUACCCACCGACGCGAAAAGAGAUCGCCGAGUUGAGCGAACGCACGGAUGUCGACGAGGAACACAUCGUGGCGUGGUACGACGAGCGUUGCGAAGAGUUUAACAACAUGACCGUCGCCGAGCAAGCGCGAUACGAAGUCGAUUGCGCGAGGAAACAGAGCAAGAUCGAUGAGCUCGUCGCGGAAGAUUUCGCGGAAAGAAGCGCGACGCACUUCAUCGAGGAAGACAUCUUCUACGAUGAAGGGGAUUUAAUGAGCGAGAUGGAUAUGGACGAGGAGCCGCUGACGCUCGCGAUGGAGCGCCUCGACGAAGCGCUCGAAGAGGAAGAGGCGCAAGAACGCAUGGAGACCGCCCAAGACAAGAAAGAUGAGGAAGAUGAAGGCUUGGAUGAAUCUCAACUCAACCGAAUUCAUCAAGAUGGCUCGCCAGAGGCUCCAUUCUUAAUCAAUCCCAGACGAGCGCAAGGCGACGGAAAUUGGCGACUCGUAUCGCGUCACGACGCAGAGGACGACUUUGACGACGAUGAAUGGUUGAGUGACGGUGGCUGGGACGCGCUGCCGCAGCAUGAAGCCGUGAGCGCGUUCGAUGGCGCAUCGCUUUCCUACGUCGGCGUACAAAACGAAGAAAUAGAGAGCGGACAAAACACGUGGAUGCGCGAACGCGCGCUGAACACGAGACAUUUGGCCGAAGCGCGAGAAACGGACGUGGACUCGGUUGACCGAGAUCCCACGAGACACUUUGGAGAUGUAUCGCGACAGAUGCACCACACGAUUGAACUUGAUCAAGUGUUGAAGGGUAAGGUCGUCGCGAUGGAUUUAUAUCACGGCGCUUUAGUGGACUGCGGCACCGAAAUCGACGCGUUGCUGCCAAUCAACGAGACGGAUUGGAUGACCAUGCGCGACCACAUCACUGUCGGCACCGAGCUUGAAGUCAAAGUCACCGAUACUCGAAGCAAAUGGUGGAGGUUUAGGUACCCAUUGGAAGUCAUGCCCACGAGGCAAGACUUAUUGCUGAUGCUCGGUCGCCACCCGCAUCCGUUUGGCUCGCCCAUCAACGUGUACGCCGGGGAAACGUGGGAGGAGGCGUGCCUCGACGCCGGACGCAAGGUUGUGCCGCGAUUCAAAGACGACGACGAAGAUAAAAAACUCAGUAAGAAAGAGAUCGAAGAGAUGAUCAACAGGGCAACCGCGGGGGGAAAGCGAGAUCUCACGCAGUACGAAAUUGACAUGCUCGAAGCGGGCGUAGACGACGCCGGCACGAAUAUCGAGUACACGAAGCGCUUGGAGGCUCGGUUGGUGAGUGACGCUGACACCGAUGAUUACGAUGAUGACGAAGAUGAGCUCUUCUCUGAUGAUGUCCUACCUCUCGCGAACGAAGACUUGGACGGCGACGACGACGACGACGAUGACGACGACGACGACGACGACGCGCGAGAGCCCGUCGACGAAGUGUCUUCAGAUUUGCGCGGCGGCUCGAUGCGCAUUCGCGACAAAUUCAUCGACGACGACGAUGACGACGACGAUUAUAUCGACGACGACGACAACGAUGACGACGAGUACGCGGGCGCGCGAUAG